AUGGCUUCAGUAGUUGCUCAGUCGCACUUCAUCUUCGGUCUACGGACAGGUGUUACAAACAAUUUAUGUUUCUUCGAUGAGCACACUGUUGUCUUCCCCUGUGGAAACAACUGUGUGUGCUACGACACCGUCCAAAGAUGUCAGAGGUUCAUUCCAGGCUCAGAGAAAAGCCAGGGCAUGCGUGCUCUGGCCAUCAGUGCCAACAGGCGUUAUCUGGCAGUGUCCGAGUGUGGAGAGAAGGCCAGCAUCACAGUGUUCGACCUGCAGCACGCACAGGGCAGAAAGAGAAAAGUUCUGACUGCAGGAGACACGCCUGUUGAAGAAUUUGUAUGCAUGGCUUUCUCCCCUGAUUCCAAGUACCUGAUAGGACAAACAGGUGGUUCAGACUUGAUGCUGAUCUUCUGGCUAUGGGAGAAACAGAAAGUCCUGGCCAAAGUGAAGACCAGUAACCCAAAUAAUCCUGUUACCCAGGUCAGCUUCAACCCCUACAACAACAUGCAGCUGUGUGUGAGUGGUACUGGUGUGUUCAAGCUGUUCCGCUACUCAGAGGGAACCCUGAAACAGAGCAAUUACCCAAAGGUGGAGUCCAUCAACUUCCUGUGCCACACCUGGAUGACAGCAGAGCGUGUGAUUGCUGGGACGGACACAGGCAGGCUGCUGGUGUUUGAAUCUGGAGACCUUCGAAGAGAGAUUAACAUGGCCACUAAGCCUGAGCAGGGCCACUCUGACAGGCAAGUGGAGAUGAAGAAGAUCAAAGAGGCUGAGGUGGACGAGGGACCCAAAGUGUCUCGCAUCACAGCCAUUCUGUCCUACUCCAAGGGCUUUGCGUGCUCUAUGGGUCCUGGCUUAGUGUGUCUGUUUGAAAAGACGGAGGAAGACGGUUACAGAAAGAGCAGAGAGAUACGGAUCCCUCCAGACCCAAACAGCAAUGAACUGACUCCAGCAGAAUGUCAGGAGAUAGACACUAUGUGCAUCAGUCCAGCAGAGGAGAUGCUGGCCAUCAGCACAGACAGAGGACAGCUGUACAGCAUCAGUCUGACCUUAACUGAGAUGAACAAGGUACAAUCCCCACUAAACCAAAGUAUCAAGUCACUUUAUUCAGGUAGUUUCUUUUGUAACUCUAUCUACCAGGAGGGACAGCUACAUUUUGAGUUCCUGUCCCAGUCCUUCCACUCCAUGUCCAUCACUGGUAUGUCUGUCUGCAUUCGGAAGCCUCUUGUAGCCACCUGCUCUCUGGACCACUCUGUCCGCAUCUGGAACUACGAGACAAAAGUUUUGGAGCUGUACAAGGAGUUCCAGGAGGAGGCGUUCAGUGUGGCUCUGCACCCCACCGGCCUCUUCAUGCUGGUGGGCUUUUCAGACAAACUCAGGCUCAUGAACCUGCUCAUCGACGACAUCCGCACCUUCAAAGAGUUCACAGUGCGCGGCUGUAGAGAGUGUGCUUUCAGCCACGGCGGCCACAUGUUUGCAGCUGUUAACGGAAACGUCAUUCACAUCUACUCCAUCACCUAUUUUGAGAACAUCCUCAAUCUGAAGGGGCACAAUGGAAAGGUGCGUGCCAUUGAGUGGAGCCUGGACGACAGCAGGCUGGUAUCAUGCGGGAUGGAUGGUGCAGUGUAUGAGUGGAACACACAGACCGGCAAGCGAGUGUCAGAGUGUGUCCUCAAGUCCUGCAGCUACACAGGUGUCGCCUUCUCUUCAGACUGCAGGACCAUCCUGGCUGUAGGAACAGACCUCACCCUGAAGGAAAUCCAAGACUGUCAGAUUCUGAGGGAAGUCCCUGCUGACGAUGUAGCUCACACAGCUGUGGCAGUGUCUCGCUCCGGUAGGGUGGUCUUCACCGGGACCUCCAGUGGUACCAUCAGGGCCAUUAAAUACCCCUUACCCAUCCAGAAGGAGUGGAUCAUGUACCAGGCCCACUGUGGCCCCGUCUCCAAGAUGGCGAUCACGUUUGACGAUCACUUCCUGCUGACAGCAUCUGAAGACGGCUGCCUGUCCAUGUGGAAGAUCAUGGAUAAGGAGGGCCGAGUCCUGAGGAGCAACAAGCUGAUCAUCCACACUGAAGAGAUCCUUAUCACCAAGUCAGACCUGGAGGAGAAGACUCAGAACAUGCUGGAGCUGAAGAUGCGUCUGGAGGAGCUGCAGAUGGAGAAUGAGUACCAGCUCCGCCUGAGGGACAUGAACUACAACGAGAAGAUGAAGGAGCUUUCUGACAAGUUUACCCAGCAAAUAGAAUCUCUGAAAAUAACACAGCAGGUCAUGAAGACAGAGAUGGAAAAGCAGGCUCAUGAGCACCAGCUGAAAUCUGCAGACGUCACUUUGAAACACUCAAAGGACGUGAAGGAUUUAGAGUCAUCCUACAGUCAGAAGCUGAUUGUGGAGCAUGAGAGAUACCAGGAUCUGCAGCAUCAGUAUCAAAAGAUGCAGGAGGACUACGAGAAGCAGCUGAAGGAUGCAGCGGAAAGCAAAAGCCAAGCCGUGGAGGAGCUCACACAGCUCUACGAAGCCAGACUGCAGGAGAAGACUCAGCUCCUGGCUCAGUGCCAGGAAGAAGCAAAGCAGCAGAUCAACGAGUUUAAAGAGAUCAUAAAGCAAGUGGAGGAGGAUGAGGCGAGGAAGAUCCAUGACCUCCAAAUGAAAUAUGAGAAGAAACUGCACACGGAGAAAGGGACCAACACCUCUCUGAAGGAAGAAACUGGUAUCAUGACACAAAAGUUCUACAGCCUUCAGCGGCAGAUCAAUGAGAGAUGCACAGACAUAAACCAGCUGAAGCAGGAGCGGCAGAGGCUGCUGGGGUUGAUCCGCUCACUGGAGAGCGACAUUGAAGCCCUGAAGAGGCAGAUUUCUGGACAUGAGAAGACCAACCAGGACAAGGACAGGACCAUCUCUGGGCUGAAGAGGAAGAACCAGGAACUGGAGAAGCUGAAGUUUGUCCUCGAGUUCCAGUUGAACGAGGUGAAGAAGCUGACCGAGCCGCAACAAGAUAACAUCAACGGGAAGAAGGAGAGGAUCCAUCAGCUGGAGGAGGAGCUGGUGCAAAUGGACAAGAGCAACACUCAGCUGAAGCUCGUCGUCUCUGACCUGAAGCUCAAGCUGAGGACCCGAGAUAAAGAGAUGAGCAAGGAGAUGCAGAAAGUAAAAGAUAUGGAGACACAUCUUCAGCGGCUCAGGUCGGACCUCCAUAACUGUGCCGGCUUCAUCCAGGAGCCGAAGAAACUGAAGGACAGCGUGCAGAUGAUCUACGCUCAGUAUGUUAAGACUGAUGUGGUGGAGACCAGUAGUGUUGACGAAGAAAUUCAGAGGACGUUCCGUCGCCAGCGUGAGCACCUGGACAAGACUAUUGCUAGUCUUAAAACAAGGUUAGCCAAGUCUGCAGAAGAGCACGAGAAGGUCUACGUCAAGCUCAUGAAGGAGAACGUGACUCUGAUCACUGAGAUCAAUGAGCUGCGUAAGGAGCUGCGUAUGGUGAGGACUCAGGCUAAAGAAUUCAAAGCUCAGCUGGCUGUUUCAAAGAAGUCCAACAAGUCACGUCCCAACUCAGAGGAAGCAGCCAAAAAGCAGCCCGCACAUGAGAACUAA